GUUCAGGUUGAGGAGCUCGCGGAGACCGUGCGCGCGUCUGCGCUAAGUGACCUCCGGCCGCUGGCGAAGCGGCCGGAGAACGUCGGAUCCUCUAAGCUGUUUUCCUUGCACGAAUACACCCUGCAGCACACCUUCGGCUUCCUUGCCCUCCCGGACAUCGGCAACUCCUUGGCAUCGGUUUGCCGGUUCCUCCACUGGCUCCGGGGCGACUGGCCGCCCUGGCAGCGCUUCGCCAAGGCGCUGCGGAAGCCGAGGAUUCGUCUUUCGCAGCUGCCGUCGCUGCAGUCUCUUUGCCUCCAGGAGCUCGGGGACUUGGCAGAGGCUCUCCAAAGAGCUUCGAAGAGUUUCAAAGGAACCAACCUGAUCCCCCCGGAUCCCCACACCUUCAGCUACAGCGAGCUCCCAUUGCCUCGUGUGGUUUGGUCCCUGCACAGCGAAGGCUACUCCAAGUGGCGGAGGGUCUGCUCCUCGCUGGUGGAUGCAGAGUUUGCUAUACUUCCUCCGUGGGAUCGAGCUCCAAGACGGAGCUUUCUCCCGCGAAAGGUUCAGUUGCACCUUGGCGUGAGCCUUUACCUGCCACCAGAACAUGUCGGUGCAGAGGACUCUUUUCCUCUGCUGUGCAUGAAAAUGGCACUGGCAGAGCCCCAGCGCUUCGAAGCCGUGGCCGAGCGUCACCCGCAACAGCCUCCAUGCCUAGCAGCGAAGUGCGACGCGCUGCUUUUGAGGCUCCCGAGCCUGGGUCGCGAAGCCACGCUGGAGGAAUGGAGCUGCAAAGAGUUCUGCUUCGGCCAGGAAGGCUACCGCCACUCUGGCCAUGGAGACCUGGAAGGUUACAGGCACGAGAUCACGGCUCGUGGGAAGAAGCGAUGGCGCCCUCCGGAGCUUUGCUUCGCACGUGCCGGCGAGGAGCGUUCCUCGGCAAGCCUCCACCUGUUUCUCCGAAGUCGGCGUUGCCUUGGGCUGCUCGAGUGA